AUGCGAUUCCUCCCCCUCCUCACCACGGCUCUGUUGCCAUUCACGUCCCUUGCGGCAAAGAAGGAUUCGAACAUUGACCGAUUCGCCGCCGCAUCCGCCAAAUCGACUCCGCUCAAACUGGCCGACAAGUCCUACGAUGCCCUCACCAAGUCCCCUAGAGACUACUCCGUCGCGGUUCUACUGACGGCCAUGGGCCCACAAUUCGGAUGCAUGUUGUGUCGGGAAUUCCAGCCGGAAUGGGAAAUGUUGGCCAAAUCGUGGAGAAAUGGGGAUUCCAAGGGCGAGAGUCGCUUGGUGUUUGGCACGUUGGAUUUCUUGGAUGGAAAGAGCACCUUUCAGUCGAUGCAACUGCAGACGGCUCCCGUCUUGCUCCUCUUCCACCCGACCACGGGUCCACAUGCCAGGAAUGAUAAACCGAUGGAGAGGCUGGACUUCAACACGGGAAUCAACAAGGCCGAACCCGUCCACCAAUUCCUCACCCGUUCCCUCCCCAAUCGCCUCCAUCCCGCCUUCUCCCGUCCCAUCAACUAUGUUAAGAUUGCCGUCACCACCACCUCCGUCAUCGGAGUCUUGACUUUCCUCUACGUCGCCUACCCCUACAUUUCCCCUCUCCUCCAAUCCCGCAACCUCUGGGCCGCUCUUUCUCUCAUCGCCGUCCUGCUCUUCACUUCCGGCCACAUGUUCAACCACAUCCGCAAGGUCCCCUACGCCGGCGGUGACGGCAAAGGUGGUUUGAACUAUUUCGCCGGAGGUUUCCAAAACCAAUUCGGAUUGGAAACGCAGAUUGUCGCCGCCAUUUAUGGCAUCUUGAGUUUUGCUACCAUUUCAUUGGCCCUCAAAGUCCCUCGCAUUGCCGACCAGAAAUCUCAGCAGGUCGCCGUCUUUAUUUGGGGUGGUGUCAUUCUGGCAGUGUACAGUUUCUUGUUGAGUGUGUUCCGCAUGAAGAAUGGCGGUUAUCCCUUUUGGUUGCCGCCGUUUUAG